AUGAACCUAUUAGGUGACGUCCUUGGGGGGCUGGGGUAUGCUGCUACAUCCGCGUCUACAUUUGUGGUAGACAGUAUUGGCCAUGCGGACAGCAUCAUCGAAUCUGCGACGCGCAUAUUUCAAAAGGCUAGCGGACAUUCCGUUCGUGGGCUUAUUGACGCAGUGUUAAGACGCUCUCAGAAGCUGAUAAGCCCAGAACUUCUUCUGGAGACUUUGACAAAGCUUCUUGUCAGGAUAACCGAGCAGAUAAACACAGAACCUGUGGGCAGCCUGCUUCAAGAAGCGACCAAAUGCUUAUUCAAAUUGAUCAAGUCCAUGUUGGACAAGAUCGAUCCAGAAUCACUUCUUAAAAUUGUGAAGGAGCUCACAACAGUGACCGUGAAGGCAAUAAUUGCCAAGGUGGGAGCACUUCGGAUCAUACACGAAGGCAUAAUCAGCAACGAUGUCACUUCGGCAACCCUGGGAGCCAUCUGGAACAAUGGCGGCGAUUUGGCGAGGUUUUUGGUUGACCUUAUCGAACCUGCCAAGUGCUAUUUCCCAGCAAACUAUAUUCCAGCUGACCCACCCACUGGAACCGCUAAAGGGUCACCACGUGGUGCAUACAAUGAAUUGGACGCAUCAAAACAUAUGAAUCAGCACGCUUUGGUUUGUCAACUUCAGAGGCUCGCCAAAUCGAUGAUCUUCAUUGUGGGGGGAAUGGGCAAAACUGUCAAUAUUGACGAGCUGGAAGACAUUGGCAUUACCGAUGCAACCACACUCGGAAGCGACGUCAAAUCCGUCGACUCGAACAUCACUGUUGAGAACCCUGCAAAGGACAUAUCAGUAAAUGAGAAGUGGUUAUUUGUCAAUGGUGUAGGCGGAGAGCUCUUCUGGUUGCAUCUUGCUUGCAAGAAACUGGCAACGCACUAUUCAAGAGAAAUAAGAGGGGUUUUCAAUAGGGGUGAUGGCCUUCUUUGGGACUUAGUUGAAUGUGCAGGCGAGAGGACCGUCCAGAGAACUGGCACCGCAAGAGAACAGAAGAAACUUAUCAAAAGAACAAAGAGCAGCAGGAUGGCACAGAAGUCAUUGGUAAAGGAAUUGAAGUCAGCCUUGAACGCCAAUCCAGAGCCCAAGCAUGUCGUGAUGAUAGCUCAUUCUCAGGGCUGUCUGCUUCUACGCCUAGCAUUGGAACAAAUAUUGAAUGAUUCAGUCAGCGAUACCGACAUUCCUGAAAGAAUGAAGAAACGCCUUUGCAUCUUCACAUUCGGAAACCCCAGCGUCGACUGGAAAUGGGAAAUGGAUGAACAAAUUAUUGAGCAAGCAAAUCUUGACAACCACCAAUUGGACGAUUUUACAAACCUCAGUUCGCACGUUCUUCGCACCGAGCAUUUUGCGAACGAAAAUGACUUUGUAGCGAAACUCGGGGUGUUGAAUGAAAACAAGUCAGAGGAUAGUGGCUACGCGCCUGAACAUGUCUUCAUCAACGAAAAAGAAGACUGGGCUAGCGGCCAUCUCUUCGGGUCACAGUACAGUCUUGACCCAGAUGACUACUUAAAUGCUGGAAGCAAAUUGAGUGGCAAGAGAUCCUGGCUGCUCCCUUGUGAGAAGGGGAAAUCUUUGGAGAUUAUGCGAAUGGACCGUACGCCCAGUGGUCUUUGA